UCCAGACCCUUGUGCAAUCGUCUAUCCGUUUCGCGGAGGAGAAAUCCUUCGAAUCCUUUACAACGGACACGACACCGCACAGAGCGCUAACAGUCUUUGUCUCCCCACAGAACGGCGGAAAGCAAUAUGCUCGGUAGAGGCCCUGAAACUCAACAAGCAAUUCCAAGCUCUCGUGCGCAUUGAUCGUGGAGUAAGUGCUACUUGCCGGGUGUGAUAGAGUUUAGGCGAAGGCUGCCGCUGGGCUCUCUCACAAAAAGCAUUCGCGGGAUGGAGAUGAAGGAGCGCCACCUCGUUAGCAGUUCCCUUGAGUCGAGCUGGUUCCCGGUUCCUGCCAAUCGGGUUCUUGGUACAGGUGGAUCGGAGCGCCCCUUCAAGCCCAUGGAUCGUGCUCGCGAGAGAUCUGCGCAUCAUCUUGGUUUUGCCCAAGUGUCUCAGGUUCUGGCUCCAUCUCGCUUGCAAUCAUGGCGCAUCCAGAACAAUGUGAUUGAUGAUGUGGGCAAUACGGGCCAUACGAUGACUACCCAUUGGGCGCAAAGCCUACUUCUACAAAUUUACCAGCCACAUGGCAUUUCUGUUGCAGCGCACCCGUUUACAGGAACGGUGCGCCGAAGUAUGCUGUCACCAUGCGUCCAUCAAUUCCGAGAACCAAGAACCGAUGCUCACGCCCAGCGGCGAUCAAGGGAACGUAUCGUACCAUUUUGCCGCCACGACUGGUGCAGUCAAGUAUUGGAGGUACCGAGGGAGGGGUACCUUUGUGGUUACAGCCACUCAGCGUUCUUUCUCGUCAACGACCAUCACCAAUCAAUGAUCCUUUGCAUCGGACUCAGGCCCGCGACGGUUAUUUGUGGGAUGACGAUGUUCUCAAAAUAAUGCAGUCACCUGCUAUACGCGUAGAGUCCCCAGUGCCAACUUUUGCGGCCUUACAUCGCACCCCACGCGCAGCUUCGUCGGACGUACCCAAUCCUCCUACAGGCAAUCUUUCCCUAGAUUAUGAACUCUGGGCGACCUGCCUGCGAAAUUGUCGCGAAAUUGUUGCUACUGCCGCCCUACGCGGCCUUGCGCAUAACGCUCUGGACUAUCAGCCAUGAUCCUUGUAAACCUGACCUUCGAGAAGGAGGUUUG